AUGGAUUUGGAUCGCUAUAACUAUCUUCAGAAGAGAGAUAUAAAAUUGGCAGAAAUUAUACCUGAUCAAAUGCUUGAGCUGAUGGAGAUGCUCAUCCAUUGGAUCUUUUAGGUUUGUUAUUUGGUUUAAUAUUAGGUUGGCGAGUAAAAUAAUUUGGAAAUUAAAACAAUCGAAUUAGCUGCCAUUUUAAGUAAAUUAUAUCUUUCAAAAUAACUUAUCGAUUCCGAUAGAGUUUAUCUGAUAGGAAUAGUUUCAUUAAUGAUUGCAGUAAAAGUAAGAAUAUAUAUAUAUUUCUUUAGUUUAAUGAAUGCCAGAACAAAAUUCAGAUGAAUAUUCAAGACUGUGUUAACUAAUGUCAAUCUAAAUAUAGUUCUAAAGAAAUAACAGAUAUGGAAAUGAGUCUUCUAUCUCUUAUUGAGUAUGACGCAAAUAUUACCACUAUAACUGAUUAUUAUGAUGGUGAAGCCGUCUAAAUUGACUUGGUUUUGUUUGUAACUCUUGAUUCUGAAUUUCUCUACUUUCAAAAAUAUGAAUUGUAUGAGGCAAUUAGAAAUUUUUACUCAAAAGAUACAUCAAACUUAUCUGAAAAUACAAAAAAUGUAUUUAAAUCAAAUAGUGUUAGAUAAUAAGGAGGAUUAGUACUAAAAUUUACCAAUUGACUGCAAAUGAUGAAAAUAAUACUCCCAAAAUUAAAAGGAAAACAAUAAAGAAAAAGAAAUUCAGAAGAUCAAGAUUUUAUAGUUAAUAAAGCAUAACUCUAUGA